AUGGCAAGCCGCCGAAAGAUCCUGAUAGUCUCCGAUCCAGGCCAAGGAAAUAUCAACCCAUCUCUCCGCUUAGCCAACUGUCUUCUUAAAAUCGGCGUUGAAGUCACCAUUUGCACAAGCGUUUAUGGGGUAAAACAUAUUAAGAAAGAAACCAUCCCUCAAGGACUAACCAUUGCUCCAUUCUUUGAUGGCCACGACAACGGCAAACAACCAACUACCACGCUACAACAAGUCGUCUUAGAUUUUGGGUCAAAUGGUUCUCGUGCCGUGGCAGAGCUUUUGAGUUCUGCCACGGCUGCAGGUAAACCAUUUGACUAUGUGGUAUACACCGUCUUACUAGCUUGGGUGGCCAAAGUAGCGAAUGCUCAUGGGGUUAAAUCAGCUCUUUUCUGGGGCCAACCAGCUAUUAUAUUGCAAAUCUAUUAUUACUAUUUCAAUGGCUAUGAAGACUUGAUAAACGGAUGCAAGGACAACCCAACGCUUCAAAUCAACUUACCUGGGCUCCCAUCAUUAACAACGGCUGAUUUGCCAUCUUUUUUAUCUCCAUCUAGACCGGAAGAACAUGAUUUUUUUCUACAAAUAGCAAAAGACCAUAUUGAGGUACUCAAAAUAUUUCCAAAAAUACUAGUUAAUAUCUUUAAUGAACUAGAAAGCGAAUCCAUCAAAGCAAUAGAUAAAUUUGAGUAUAUUCCUAUUGGACCCUUGGUUCCUUUAGACAGAAAAGACACAUUAGACAAUUCCGUCGGCCAAUGGUUAAACACACAACCAAAAUCAUCGGUGGUGUAUGUUUCCUUUGGAACACUAGCAGUGUUAUCAAUGGAACAAGUGGAGGAGAUUGGAAGCGGGUUGUUAAAAAGUGGCCGGCCUUUUCUAUGGGUGAUAAGAGAUGGUGAGCAAGCUAGAAAAUUGAGCAAGAUAGAUGUGCUGAAAAAACAAGGGAUGAUAGUGAAUUGGUGUAGUCAAGUGGCGGUGUUGAGCCAUGAAGCGACUGGGUGUUUCUUGACGCACGGUGGAUGGAAUUCAACGUUGGAGGCUUUGGUUGCUGGUGUUCCUAAGGUGGUUUUUCCUCAGUGGUCGGACCAAGGAACAAACGCAAAACUGAUUAAAGAUGUGUGGAAAACAGGAGUUAGAGUGGAGGCGAGGAAGGAGGACGGAAUUGUGGAAGGGAAGGAGAUUGAGAGGUGUGUAGAGUUGGUGAUGGCGGGAGAUAGAGAAAUGAGAAGAAACGCGGAGAAAUGGAAAGAUUUGGCAAGAGAAGCUCUCAAAGAUGGUGGAUCUUCUGCUAUAAACCUUCAAGCUUUCUUGAAUGAUGCUUGA